AUGUCUGAGCCUUUGGGUACCCUGUCGCCUGCCAAGCAGAACUCCAGAUCGUCUCCUAUCAAGCUCGACUUCUCCCAGAAACUCGAUCCCGCUCGCUCAACAACACCACCACCACCUCCGCGUUCCCCAGCUACCAUGUCCACAGUGGCCGUCGCCCGAUCCUCUACAACUGAUACCUUGAACCUUCAGUUAUCGACCAUGGAUCGUCCUCAUUCUCCCCGCGAUCAUUACAGUCCGCAGACUAGUCCUCGCAAGGCGUUUUCGCCGAUAAAGUACCGGCUGCAGGAUGAUUCAAGGAACGACUCCCCUCCCGGCUCUCCUGCUGAUCCUACAGUGCGGUUUAAUGAAGGGCUGACUAGGGCCAUUGACUCCCUGCAGCAGGAGGUGCAGAAUGACAAUGCACACCAAUCAUUUACACACUCAGCAAAUGGCACUGCUACUUUCGCGUCGCCAGACCAAGAGCAGGGAUCAGGAGAGACUCCCAGAGACGAACUGGAUGAUUUGACCUUGACGUUGACUCUCGACGACAAAACCAUCAAUGAUGAAACCGUCGGCGACCUCAGCACGAUCUCGGCCAUCCCUACAGACAUGACUCGCUUUUCUCAUCUACGCAACUCUCCCUCCAAACCUCCACGCGAACCCUGGUCACCGGGUAAACAACGACGUACAUCCGUCAUCACGAGUACACCUGGGGCAGCUCAGCGGCCACUACGAUUAUUGUCCACAUCCCGGCGAAGCACCUCGUCAAACGAAGACGACGACCCUACUCCCCGAAAACCAUCAGCUUCUGGCGACGCUACAACAGAUCUUUUGAAUUUCACGGGGCAGACCAACAUUGUGAUUCCCCCUCCCUCCUCGGCGCCGCGUAGUAUGCGACGAAGUCCGUCAGGCAGAGGGGGCUUUCCAAUCAAGAUCAAUCCCAGUCCCAUGCAUCGGUCGCAGGCAUCUGUGGAUCGUGAGAGAGCCGGGGGCAGGUCGCCACAGAAGCAGCAUCAAGCUGGGCCCGGUGACAGAACCGUGCCUGCCACUCCUGCAGGCCAGCGGCACAGCAUGUUUUCUGCAACUGGGCUAGGCAUGGAUCUCCUGGAUAUUGACCUUGAACCCAUGGCCACCCCCCGCUCAAUACCAACAAUUACUCCGAGAGAAUUGGAGACGUUACGCUCAGAGCUACAAUCUCGCAUUUCAGGGCUCGAAGCUACCUUGUCCGGCAAAGAAGCUGAGGUGAUGGCACUCAAGCGCGCCGUGACCGACGCAGAAGUCAGGGUGGGUAAAACUAGCGAAGAGCUUCGACAUGAACGUGCUUCGAGGGAAGAGAUGGAGCACGAAAAGGAAGACCUCGCACGGCGAUCGCGUGAAAUGGAGGAGGUACUGCGCGAGAUUAAGCAGAACAUUUUUCUGGAAGAACGAGAGAAGGAGAAGCUGCGACGCCAGAACGAAGAGGCCGAUCGAAGGACAGAAGAGCUCGAAGUGCGUAUACUUGAGCUCCAGGCGUCUCUCGACACCCUCCGUUCCGAAAGACUACGCUCUACUCCUAGUCCAGACAAAAACAACACUCCGGCCACACCAGGGGUAUCUGCAGACAUUGACUUUGCGGUCAAAGAUGCCACUGAAAAGGUUGCCCGGGAGCUACACGCUUUGUACAAGAGCAAACAUGAACGAAAAGUAUCCGAUCUUAAAGUCAGCUACGAAAAGCGUUGGAUCAAGCAAGUGGAACAGUUGCGAGCCGACCUCAAAGCAUCUCAAGAUGAGGUUCUCAAACUGCAGACGGAAAAAGAGGCAACCAUGAGCGGGGUCAUCCCCGGCCAAAGCGAGGCCUUGUCCAAGAUGGAGGGGCAAAUUGAAGAGCUGCGCAGAUGGAACGAAGAGACCAUGGCCGAGAAGAAACUCCUCGAGGCAGAAGCUGCUGGCCUUCGUAGUCAAGUCGACUCCCUCACAGCAGAGGCCGAUUCGUUGCGGAGGGAUGUCGAGCAAGAAAGAGUGGAAAAGGGAGACCUAGUGGCCCAAGUGGAUUUGUUCUUGAGCAUGAGUGCACAACAGGACGAGCAACGUACCCUUGAUGCGCAACGCCAUCCUGUAAGUCCUCCCAGGAGUGAGGACGGAAAUGGACGACCGAACUCUGCGGCUGCAGUUGCCAGUCCGAACAAAUUCAGGACUAGCAUGAAUGGCGGAGCGACAGGGUUGCCCAGUCGGCCUCGACCGAUGAGCAUGCUACAGAAGCCGACGGCGGGCAAAUUCUCUGGGAUUCCAGCUCCGGGCAGCACAGGGUUGAAGGCGCCUUCAUCUAAGAUUGGAGGAUAUAGCAGUCGAGGUGGUGGCAUAAUGGAAGGCAUUGCGCGCAUGGGAGCCGGGGGCAGAUGA